CAACGAACAAAAUGGAGAGAAUAAAACGAUUUCUAGAGAAAAGAUACAUUUCAUCAUCAACAUAAACAACGCUAAUUGUUUGACAGAAAAAAAUGACGUCAUUCAGGCCCUUGAUGUAUCAUCCGGAUCUGCUCAAAACAAACAGUUUUCAGACACAGAUAUAGUCGCUAUAUACAGUACACUCCACGCGGAACUACCACUUUCCUCGGGUGACUUGGAGGCGUUUUAAAUUUAUCGCGGAUUUCCGACGAAUACGCAAAAUUGAUUAUAAAGAAAGAGAGAUGUUUUCACUGAAAUCAAUCUGGAAGCCUUGGAUUGGCGGUGAUGCCAACAAGCCUCCUGGAAAGGAUGAACACAUGGUAAUAGUGGAUUCACUCAUGUUAGAGCUCGAGUUUCACAUACGAGAGCAGGAACAGAUUCUCAAAGAUCGUGAACAGGAAGAAAGAAGACGAAUAACUGGUGUUGACUAUAGCUGGCUCGUCAGUGCUCCUGUGAAACAGUAUGAAAUUCCCCACCUUGAAAGAUUGGAACUAGAGGAUCUUUGCUACAGAGUUAAGCCACCAGAAUGUGGUAAAGUUAUAUCACUCUUCAGAGAUUCAAUUCUCAAUGAGCCAAGAGUUUGUGAUAUUCCUAAGAUUCUCAAAGCUUGUAUUCGUCAAGUGGUCGAACAAAGACCUAAGGAGGAGACUCUAACUGACUGGGUUACGAAAAGGACAUCGAGUCUUAUAAAUAUGAAAAUACGGCCUUCGACUAAGAUUACACCAUUCCACAAAGAAAGUGAUGACGUGGAGAGCAAUACAACAAUUGAAACCAUAUCAAGCCAUGUAGAUUUGAUUACACCUAGUGGUGCCCAUAGAAACAACCAAUCAUUAUCAUACCACUCACAACCGCACGAUUUUGACUCACUGCCAGUUUAGAUACAGCGUUUAUUUUUUAUUUUUUGUUCUUAUAAUACAGGCAUCAAGUAAGACUUUGGAAAUGAAUAAGUCUUUGGAGAAAUUUGUUUCAAGAUUUUCAUCUUCAUCUAUAAAUGUCUAUGUAUAGCUAAAACCUCUCCCUUAAAAUACAAAAGCUAAAAAUGGCCUAUUGAAAAGUAUGAAUGAUUUUGGAGACUUCUAGCUUUUAGGAUUCCUGUUAUACAAAAUGUGUUCAUUUUUUACAAGUCAUGAUUUCUACAAGUUUAUUUCAAGGUUAUUUAUUUCUUAUGACUUUGAGUUUUACUUUAUGUGUCAGAACCUUAUCACAUUAAUGUACACAUGUUGUUCACUUCUUAAGUGUUGUUGCUGGCCCUGGCUAAUAGCAAAAAGGUUCUUUUCGCUAUGUAAAUAAAGGGCACUUGGAACCAUUUCGCCCUGACCCGUCAAAAUGUUAGAGCUGAUCGACAUUUUAGUACCAUUGUUUUGCGUUUUCUUUGUUCCUGGCCUUAUUGAAUACUUCUUACAUAUAUAUACAGCCUUUUCUCCUUGUCCCAUCAGAUUGUAUUCCUGUAUAGACAUAAUCAUUAUUAAACAUUGUACCUUUUAUUUUUGUUCAAAGUUAUGUUCUUUCGGCAUUAUUUUUUGUAACUAGCCUUAUUGAAUGCUACGCAGAAACUUCUUGUCUUAACCUGAGGCUUUCAAAUUGUAUUCCUGUUUUUUGUUCACUUUAAGCACUGAUCAUGUUAUCAAUUGUUCAGUACAUGAAGUGUAUCACUUGUUUGUAGUUGAUUAGCCUUAUCGAAGCAUUUGUGUUCGAGUGCCUUUAAGGAAUUAUACCGAUUUUGGUUUACAAUCUCUCAGUUUCAUUGGGUUGAUUGUUUAUAACUUUGUUAAAAAUAUCAAUCAAAUUAACCUCAUCGUUGUUAACUUUUAAAUGUGAAAUAUCUGAUGAUAUUCUCACAUAUUUAAAUAAAUCAAGUACAUGAGCUUAAAUGGGCGUCUCAAUCAAGUGUUUUCACUGAACUUCCCAAGCAAUAACGAUUUGAAAGUUAACAAAGAUGACGUUAACAACGUUGUUAACUUUAAUAAAGUUCUGAACAAUAGGCCCAAUGUUUUUUAAAUAUGCUAUUAUGGUAUAUUGUUGUGAUGUUAUUGUUUGAAUCGUUGUUCAUAAGGUAAGAGUUGUUGUUCAUCUCUCUUAAGAUUUGUUGUUCAUAAGGUAAGAGUUGUUGUUCAUAACGUAAGAGUUGUUGUUCAUAAGGAGUUCUUGUUGUUCAUAACUUUAGAGUUGUUUAUGUCUUUAACAUAUCAUUAAAAUGUUUUUUGUUUAAACAUUUUAACAGUCAAAAUAUAUGACGCAAUGUGAUGACUUUUUGCUGUUCUGUUUUGAGAAGACAAAAAGUUUUGGUAUUGUUUUAGCCCUGGUGUCAUUGUUAGUUGAGUCAGUGUGCGAAAACGUGGCUAUAACUCAGAAAGAUAGUUCAACCACAACUUUGUACACAUGUUGCCAGAGUCAAAACACACAUAUUAAGCAAGGGUCAUAACUUGGACCUAAAUGAUCAUCAAUUUAUGCCCUUCUUCACAUGAUAACAACAACGGCUAAGCAAAACUUUUGAACUUGACAUUUCAUAUUUUGUAACAAACCUAAUUUUCGAGCCUAGAUGGCUUAUACUUUUACAAUCUUCUAAAAUUCAGGUUUCAAAACAACCCUUAACCGAUGAAAAGAUAAAACUAUUAAAACCUGAUUUCUUAUGAAUUUCAAAUAUAUCUUUGAAUGCAAUUUUGAAAAUGCAUGAAUUGAAAUACAUUAACUAUGUACAAAGGAAGAUGUUUUAUAUACUGGAAAAUAAGUGUUCAUUACUCUUGUUAAUGGAAAGGUUCAUUAUUCAGGUGUUAUUUUAACUACACACCUUUGGGCCAUUUCAAUGAAGGAUUAUAGCGUUUUUCAUCACUUGGUCACAAAUGGCCACACAUGCAGGGUUCUCAAUAAGUUUCGGUUGAACCGUCACAAAAAGAAAAGUAACCGUACAGCUACUACUUAUUCUACUUAAAUUUUAUUUAUUUUUCCAGAUUGAAACCGGCCCAAUUGCCAUUUGAACCGCCCAUUUUAGCCGGCAGCCGGUUCAUAUUGAGAACACUGACAUGAUACUUUUUUUAUUUCCUCAACUUUUGUGCUCAUUUUUAAUACUGGCUAAAGGCCAAGUCACUGAAUUUUUUAGUUUAAUUACAAAAAUAUGACACUUUUCAAGAUGAUUUCAAUGUACGACUUAGAUUUUUCUUGUAACGUCACCUAGGCUAUGUUUACACGAAGAUGCAUAUCAUAACAUGCUGCAAUAUAUUAAAGCAGAAAUGUUACUGUUGGAUGGUUGUAUUGAGACCACAGUAAAAAGUUUGUUUGGCGUAUUCUGGUUUGACUCAGAAAAUAACAUGUGACCCGAAAUAGAUACCUUUUAUCCUAUCUAGUGUUUUUUUUUAUUUCAAUAUGGUAAAUUUAUCUAAAAAGUAAAAUAAAAGAAGAAAAAAAACUUCCUACUAACAGAACCACACCUUGAAAUGUUGAUAGGGUAACGCCAGACAAACUGUAAAUUGUAGUCUAAUAUUUACAAACUGAAACAAGUUAUAAGCAAGUUGAUCUCAUAAAAAAUCUUAAGCAUUAUAAUCACAGAAUGGUGAAAUUAUGAAUGUUGUUUUUGGACCAAAAUAUUGUUUGUGAUACUCUGUAUAUCAUUUACAAAUGUUCGAUGAUUUUGAUUUUUAGCUUUUGUUGUAAUGUUGGCCAUGAUGAUGUACCAUAUCUCUAUAACUGUUAUUGGAUGUGAUUUACAUACAUGUAAUAAGCUAUCGAUGGCGGCCAAAAGUGCUUGUAUGUUAUAUUACUCUAGUUGUUUUUUUAUGUAUAUGAUAUCUCUAUACAUUAUCUACACCAAAAACCGUUUCAAAUAAAACCAAAUAAAGCCGAAAUAAAAUGGGGUAAUAAUAGGCCUAAAAUUUCUGAAUUAACUCAAGCAGUUUAAGUAUAAUAUUUCAUUUAACCCAAACAUAGUUCAUCAGGAUUAUUUUAUUUGUAGCAGAAUGACGUUAUACCGAAAAUGACAUCCUUAAUGUUUUUUCAUAGGCACUGUGCAUAAACAUUUUCAAAGAGAAAGAGGGUAUAAUGUGAAUUUUUUUUUAUAUGAUCAACCGUAAAACAAGAAAUAAGUUGAUUUGUAAGCAUAAAUUAUUUUCUUAUUCUCAAUGGUUAAGAUCAUGUUUUUAAAACUGUCAAACUCAUUUUAAAAUACAGGAAAAAAAAAUGUGUUUAAUGAUUUUUAAAAUAAACAAAAUUAUAUUAUAACAGUCUUCAGGAUUAUAUAUUGUCAUAUUUGUAUACAUGUACCUGUGAUGUGCAAAGGGGUAGACACCAGAGGAUACGAUUGCAAGAAAAAAAGAAAACUGUCGAAUACUUGCAUACUAUUGAUAUCAUUGUGUACAAAGCAUAGAAUCUUACUUACUGAUUGAUCACAUCGCUUACUGAUAUAUCACAUCACUUACUGAUAUAUCACAUCACUUACUGAUAUAUCACAUCACUUACUGAUUGAUCACAUCGCUUACUGAUAUAUCACAUCACUUACUGAUAUAUCACAUCACUUACUGAUUGAUCACAUCACUUACUGAUUGAUCACAUCACUUACUGAUUGAUCACAUCACUUACUGAUUGAUCACAUCGCUUACUGAUAUAUCACAUCACUUACUGAUUUAUCACAUCACUUACUGAUUGAUCACAUCACUUACUGAUUGAUCACAUCACUUACUGAUAUAUCACAUCACUUACUGAUUGAUCACAUCACUUACUGAUAUAUCACAUCACUUACAGUGAUAUAUCACAUCACUUACUGAUUGAUCACAUCACUUACUGAUUGAUCACAUCACUUACUGAUAUAUCACAUCACUUACUGAUUGAUCACAUCACUUACUGAUAUAUCACAUCACUUACUGAUAUAUCACAUCACUUACUGAUUGAUCACAUCACUUACUGAUAUAUCACAUCACUUACUGAUAUAUCACAUCACUUACUGAUUGAUCACAUCACUUACUGAUUGAUCACAUCACUUACUGAUAUAUCACAUCACUUACUGAUAUAUCACAUCACUUACUGAUUGAUCACAUCACUUACUGAUUGAUCACAUCACUUACUGAUAUAUCACAUCACUUACUGAUAUAUCACAUCACUUACUGAUUGAUCACAUCACUUAUGACACAUGCAUCUUUUGCUGUUUUUAUGCAGUUUUACAAUUCGAAAUGUACUGGGGUUGUCUACCAUGUAUAAACCCCCAGUAAGUUUAAAAAUAGCGUCAGUAUAUUUAUAUGCAACCAUUAAUAGAUAUGAUUUAAACUGGGAAACCAUUAUGCGCUAUUUUAAAUUGAGAAAAACAAAUGAGACCGCAACAUGAUGGUUGCGUUUAUUAUUUCAAGCAUUUUAAAUGAUGUAUAAUCGGCCUCCAACUAGCUCGCAAUGACAAUUCUAGACUUGUUCUGAUGAAAUACUGUAUAAGCCGAAUUUUUGAUCAUCUGGUGUCUAGCCCCUUUAAUGUUUGCUAUUUAUAGUUGUGUAUGUUUGAAAAGUUCUAGUCUACUUUGCAAUUGUUAACAUAUCACUUAUGUUGUUUAAAGCUGUUUAAUUGGAUAUUAAAAUGUG